CUGACAUCACAGCUCUGCUCUACUCUUAUUACUGAGCCUUGUGGAAUUAUCCCUGCUACACAUGGAGCUGAGGACUGUCUGGAGUUUAGCUCUUGUUGUGUUCACACAGAGUGUGUGGUGUGAAGAUGUCAAGCUUGAUCAGUCUCCAUCUCAAGUUAAAAGACCUGGAGACACUGUUAAACUGGUCUGUCAAACCUCUGGGUUUACAAUGACAAGCUUCUACAUGCACUGGAUAAGGCAGAAACAAGGGAAAGCUCUGGAAUGGAUUGGGAGAGUAAACUGUGGUACUACUAAUAUAGUAUAUGCAGACUCUUUUAAAGAUCACUUCACCCUGACUGAGGAUGUCUCCACCAGCACACAGUACUUGGAGGCCAGGAGUCUGACAGUAGAGGACUCUGCUGUUUACUACUGUGCUCGAGCAGAGCACUGUGAUACUUUUGACUACUGGGGUAAAGGGACUCAAGUCACUGUUUCAAAUGAUGUGCCAACAGCCCCAUCCUCCCUACUGACUUUUAGUCAAUGUGGAGGCGAAGUCAAUAAAGUCUCCACUCUUGGCUGUCUUGCAACUGGCUUUAGUCCGGGCAGUGUAACUUUCAAAUGGACAAGUGGAGGGAGUGACUUGACAGACUUUGUUCAAUACCCCACGGUCCAGAGUGAUGGAGGAAAGUACAUGGGAGUUAGUCACAUUCGCAUCCAACAGAAAGACUGGGACAAAACCAAGACUGUCCAAUGUGCCGUAGAGCAUCCAGGUGGUAACAAAGAAGCCAACAUCAUUAAAAGAGUGGUCCAGUCUCCAACAGUGACUUUGAUGCCCGUACCAAGUGGAAACACCCAAUACUUGGUGUGUAUGAUCGAAGAUUUUGCUCCAGGCAUCUUUACAGUCAAAUGGAAGCAGAACAACAAAGUUGUUGAUGGCACAACAUUGCCUGGAGUACAGAAGUCUGGACUCUACUCUGCCAACAGUUUCCUGAAGGUCAAUAUGACAGACUGGAAGAACAAGCCUGAAUACACUUGUGAAGUCGUUCACCAUGGAAAAACCAUUAUUGAGAAGAUCACUAAUGUUAACUGCCCCUCUCUUCAAAAUGGAGACUCCUCAACACGUGAUAAGUCUCCAAAAGCAGGAAGUGGAGAACAUCCUACCGUUGUUGUCAACCUCCCCUCAGAGGAAGAGCUGAAAUCGAGUGAAAAGAAAGUGAAACUGGCAUGCCUGAUGACCAGCUCUACUCCAUGUGACUACCAAAUCAAGUGGAGGAGCGAUGGAACAUACCACGAUGGAAUUACCAGCCCGCCUCAGAAAAUUCUUAAUGGCUCCACAUAUUUGGUUACCAGUGUUCUGGAGAUAACCAAGGAUGAUUGGGAAAAAGAAGGCUUUCAAGUGACCUGCGCUGCCCUUAAUGGCUCAGAUGAAAACUCUGUCCCAAAGCAGAAAACAGUGUCCAAAGCUCAGGCUCCAGAACCCGAGACAGGCUUUGCACUAAGCUGCAGAGAAGAAGGGGAUGAAGAUGAUGAAUUCAAGAGCCUUUGGUCCACCACCUCCACCUUCAUCUUUCUCUUCCUCCUCUCCUUCACUUACAGCAUGCUAUUCAGUCUUGCCAAGGUACUGCUACGUUUACUGACAAAAUGUUGAACUGAACACUACAUUCUAAUUGA